GUCAUAUUCGAGAGAUGGCUCCAUUUCUCUUUCUCCUUUCCGUCGCGCGACUCCUCGUCAUCUCCUCCAUUACCACCGAAAAUCCGAACUUCUCGAAGCUUCUCCACCUCCAUCUCGUCCCCGUCUGAUGGAAGCCCACCUGGCUUCCCGGAACUUUGCCUGCGAUCGCCGACGUUUUAUCCAAGGCAUUCUGGUCUCCGGCGCCGUUGUGUCUUUCUACUCCUCCAACCGGUGAAAAAUCCCCGCUUCCUCCUCCUCCUCCUCCUGGUCAACAAUCUGUGGUUUUCUCAGCUGAAAUCUCUUCGUGAGCUUCUGGAAACCGGCUCGCGGAGAACCGAAGCAUGUGCGGUGGUCCGGAGCGCCUGAAACACUCGCCGUCUCCGUCUCAAUCUCCAUCGCCGUUUACCGCUGAGCAAACUAAUAACUCCUCACCGCCUGUCGAUAUGAACCAUCUAACGAUCGAGACCGAUGACAACUUUUCCAGUCUCCUCGAGCUCGCCGCCAACAACGACGCCGAUGGCUUCCAGAGAUCCGUCGACGAGGACCCCUCCGCCGUCGACGAGAUCGGCCUCUGGUACGGCCGCAAGAAGGGUUCCAACCGGAUGGUUCUCGAGCCCCGGACCCCCCUCAUGGUCGCCGCUACCUACGGCAGCAUCGAAGUCCUUCGAUUAAUUCUCAGUUUGUCCUCCGUCGAUGUCAACCGCUGCUGUGGGCCCGACAAGACCACUGCCCUCCACUGCGCCGCCUCCGGCGGCUCGGCGAACGCGGUCGAUGCUGUGAAGUUACUACUCUCUGCCGGUGCUGAUGCUGGUUUGGUCGAUGCCAACGGACACCGCCCGGCCGAUGUGAUCGCCGUCCCUCCAAAGCUGGUUGAAGUCAAACUAGCCCUCGAGGAUCUCCUUGGUGGCCCCGGCGGUGGCAGCCACCAGUUUCUCCGUCUGUCGACGAGCACGUCGAGCUUUAGUUCGCCGCCGUUAUCCCUGUCCCCCGAGGAGGAUGGAUCUCCUUCGUCCGAUUCAUCCGCGUCUCCGACUGCCGGGAAGUUCCAUGACCAUCUCCCACCUUCCGCGGCGUCGGAGAAGAAAGAGUAUCCGGUGGACCCCUCUCUGCCGGACAUCAAGAACAGCAUCUACGCCACCGAUGAGUUCCGGAUGUUUUCUUUCAAGGUGCGGCCCUGCUCCCGGGCUUACUCCCACGAUUGGACCGAGUGUCCCUUUGUUCACCCUGGAGAAAAUGCUCGCCGGAGGGAUCCGAGGAAGUAUCACUAUAGCUGUGUUCCUUGCCCGGACUUCAGGAAGGGCGCGUGUAGGCGAGGGGACAUGUGCGAGUACGCCCACGGCGUUUUCGAGUGCUGGCUCCACCCGGCGCAGUAUCGCACGAGGCUCUGCAAGGAUGGAACCAGCUGCACCCGCCGUGUUUUCUUUGCUCACACCAACGACGAGCUCCGCCCGCUCUAUGUUUCGACCGGCUCCGCCGUGCCGUCUCCUCGAUCCUCCGCCUCAGCGGCGAUGGAGAUGGCGGCGGCGAUGAGUCUCUUGCCGGGGUCUCCGUCUUCUGUUCCGGUGAUGUCGCCGACCCCUUUUACUCCUCCCAUGUCGCCGUCCGCCAAUGGCGGAGGGCACUCUUCCCUGGCCUGGCCCCAGCCGAAUGUACCGGCGCUGCAUCUUCCGGGGAGCAAUCUCCAGUCCAGCAGGCUUCGCACUUCUCUCAGUGCGAGAGACAUGCCUGUUGACGAGUACUCUGUGCUGCCGGAGCUUGAGACAGCACAGCAGCAGCUCAGUGAUUUCUGCUUCUCACCAAGCCAAGCUCGCCUUGGCUCAUCCUUAGCUGGGAAUCGGACUGUUCGUUCUAAUACCCUGGCACCAUCCAAUCUUGAUGACCUCUUCUCCGCCGAGAUUUCAUCGUCUCCAAGGUAUAAUUCUGAGCAGGGAGCUGUUUUCUCGCCGACCCAUAAGUCGGCCGUGCUCAAUCAAUUCCAGCAGCAGCAGAGCCUGCUCUCACCCAUCAACACCAACAGCGUGUUCUCCCCCAAAGCCGUGGAUCCACAGCAGCAGCUCUCGGGCCACCCCGCUCUGUUACAGGCCUCCUUGGGAGUCUCGUCCCCUGGCCGGAUGUCUCCCCGAAACAUGGAGCCGGUCUCGCCUAUGAGCUCCCGUCUUGCUGCUCUUGCCCAGCGAGAGAAGCUCCAGCAGCAGCUGCGCAGCCUCAGUUCUCGUGAUCUCAGUUCGAACAACGGCGUCCCUUCCAUGGUGGGUUUGCCUGCGAAUUCUUCAUGGUCCAAUUGGGCAUCCCCAUCAGGGAAGGUGGAUUGGGGAGUCAAUGGAGCCGAGCUUGGUCGAUACAAGCGCUCGGCCUCGGUCGAGCUUGGCUCCGGUGGCGAGGAACCUGAUGUUUCCUGGGUGCAGUCACUGGUGAGCCCGCCGGAGUCAAGGGAGGAGCAUGAAACGAAUACCUUGGCGAGCAAUGGCGGUGGCGCGGCUUCAGAUGGCUCUAAUUCUAAUAAUAACCAAGUGGAUGGAUCAGAUCAUACGGUUCUUGGGGCCUGGUUGGAGCAGAUGCAGCUCGAUCAGCUCGUUGCCUAGUAAAGCACAACUGAUCCCGUUACUAAGUUCUCAUCAAAGAUUAGCGGUAGUAGUAGAUGACUGGUAAAAGAAUUUUUUUGGUUCCGUUGGCAAGAAGGCUGGGGAUGAUGGUGGUUCGAUAAAAAAAAAAUCAGUCAGAGAUUCGUUUUUGGAAGAAAUUUGUUAUUAUUUCAACAGUUUCAGACAGCUGAAUUUGGUGGGAAAUUUAGCUCUAGGUUUGUUUGAAGGCACACCCUGGUAAACAUCUCUCCCUUUAAUUUGCAUGUUUUUUGGGGGGUUCUUUCUUCCUCUUCCCCAAAACUCCAGCUUACACUGGAUUGCAACUGCUUUAGUUUCUGGGUCUUUUAACCAUCUAUUUGUUAAUCAUAACUAUAUCUUAUAUUUGGAGAACUAUCAUAGUUAACUGGCAACAGAGGGAUUGAAGAAGAAGAAGAAGAACUACUGAGGGUAGUAGAGCCCAAGACUUUUGUGGAGGUUUUCCCGGUUCCUGAUCUCUCGUUGACCAAGUCCACCUUUGGAGGGGACAUGGUGGGUGGGAGGGACAGUGUCCGUUGAUGUGGGCUUACGUGGCCCACUUGGACGGUUGAAUUAUUGGCACUUCUUUUGUAUGAUAUUGUUGGAGGGUCUGUGGGCAGGUGGAAAGUAAGGUUCAUAUGUUUUCUGUGUUAGCAUACAUCGAUUUAAAACUUUAUUAUUAUUGUUAUUAUUAUUUCAUCUACUAUACGAAUAUAUUUUUGUCUCCUCCCAGCGUCCAUGAUCUA